AUGUCGAGCAGAGAUUCGGAAGGUGCCUGGCCGUGGUUGUGGCCUGCUAAAGAAGCGAAUGAUGCAAUUCCUAGAGCUACUACAACACUGCUUGUCAUAGCAAUCACAGCUCUUAGUUUUUUCUCUUUAUUCUGGAGAAGAAAAAAUGGGACGGCUCCAUUCCCGCCGGGCCCCCGAGGCAUGCCGUUCCUUGGGUACCUCCCAUUCCUAGGGACCGAGCUCCACCGGAAAUUCGCUGAAUUGGCUGAGACCUACGGCCCCAUCUACAAACUCUGGCUCGGAAGCAAGUUAUAUGUCGUGGUUAACUCCCCAUUGCUGGCCAAAGAAAUUGUGCGGGACAAGGACACAACGUUCGCCAAUCGGGAUCCGAACAUAGCCGCUACCAUUGGAUCAUACGGCAGAAGGGACAUUACCUUCUCAAGCCAGGGGCCUUAUUGGAGGAAUCUCCGCAAGCUGUUCAUACGGCAGAUGAUGAGCAACGCGAGCCUUGACGCCUGUUAUGGUUUGAGAAGGCAAGAGGUCAGGAAAGCUCUGAGUGAUCUGUACAAAAAAUCCGAGGUGCCGGUAGGUAUCGGUGAAUCGGCACUUCUGAUCUUGAUUAACGUGAUGAUGGCGAUGCUAUGGGGAGGGACGCUUAAGGGAGAGAAGAGCGAGGCUGUGGGGGCCGAGUUUCGAAAGGUGGUAGCUGAACUCAUGGUGCUCGCAGGUAGACCGAAUAUUUCGGACUUUUUCCCAGCACUCGCUUGGCUUGACUUGCAAGGAGUCGAAAGGGACAUGAAAAUGGUGCAUAAGUGGUUUGAUGAUUUUAUUCAGUCUGCUAUCGAUUGCGCCACCGAAGGAAAAACAAAUGAACUGUUCAAGCAGCAGGACGGAGAAUCUAAAGGCAGUGAACAAAAAAAGGACUUUUUGCAGAUUUUCCUGGACACGGAGAUGGAUCUUGAAGAUAAGGAGUCUCCAAUGGACAAGAAUGAAGCACUCAAAGCCAUUCAUAUGGACAUCGUGGUUGGUGGAACUGAUACAACUUCAACAACGGUCGAGUGGGUGAUGGCAGAGUUGCUGCAGAACGGUAAUGUGAUGAACAAAGUAGUCCACGAAUUGACAGAAGUCGUGGGGAAGGAUAAGAUGGUCGAAGAGCACCACUUGCCCAAAUUAAAGUACCUCCAUGCUGUCAUCAAGGAGGCAUUUCGCUUGCACCCGGUGCUGCCCUUGUUGGUGCCUCGGACCCCACAUGCUUCCUGUGUCGUCGGUGGUUACACAAUUCCGAAGGGCAGCAACAUAUUCUUGAACGUGGGUUAUAUCCAACGGGACCCCAAGAUUUGGGACAAGCCGUCAGAGUUCAGACCUGAGAGGUUCUUGGAAGAUCCCAGCAAGUACGAUCUCUCGGGCAACAACUUCACGUACAUGCCCUUCGGUUCCGGUCGAAGGAUGUGUGACGGGCUGGCGCUGGCAGAGAGGAUACUACCGUAUGUUUUGGCCUCUCUUCUGCAUUCAUUCGAGUGGGAAUUACCGCCAGGAGCACAGCUGGAAUUCUCGGACAAGUUCGGGCUUGUGGUCAAGAAAAUGAAGCCCCUGGUCGCCAUUCCCAGGCCGAGAUUGUCCACUCCAGAGCUCUACAUGUUGAGAUAG